AUAUGGAGAGAGAAGCCAAAACAUAUCCAUUUGAAAUCCAGGCUUUCUUGCUAAGUCACAUGUUGUGUACUGUUCAGUAAUUAGUCAGCUGAAUGUGACAAUCUAAAAGGGGACUAGAAAGCAAGAAGAAUAAUUAUUUUUAUUUUUAGUAUAUAAAAAAGAGAGAAACCAAACUUAAACUGAAGCAAAAUUCAUAUUCUGACAAAAGGAAUAUUAGACGAUAAUCAAAGGCAUCAUCAUGAGUCAUUGUACGGUACCAACUUGGAAUCCAAGGCACCAAAGACAACAAGAAGUCGUAGAAGCAGAAGAGGCUAACAGGUACCCUCACGUGCAUAACCAGCAGAAUCAAAUUAAUCAUUUUGUGCCAAUGUCGAGUAAGUGUGAAGAAGUUGCAGAGUUGACAUGGGAAAACGGGCAACUAGGAAUGCAUGGACUCGGGGGCAUCCUCUCCAAUGUUUCCCAAACAAAACAGACAAUGGGAAGAGCAGGCGAUACAUUAGAGUCCAUCGUGCAUCAAGCCACAUGCCACGGGAAAAAUCAGGAUUUAAUUCAAAAUUACGACCAAAAUUAUCAGGAUCUGAAAAUUGCUGGGAUGUGUAGCGGAGGAAAAUGGGGCGAGAGUUCACAACAAAUGGCGCCUCCUCGAGCAACGGUGUUGGCAAAAAAGAGGACGAGAUCAGAAUCUGAGCCCCAAUAUGGUGGAGCCGAAGAUCAUGAGUAUGCAGAACUUAGCGCGUGUGCAAGUGCCAGCGCUACCUUCUGUAGGGAGAAUGACAACACCUUGGUGACCUGGCCUUCCUUUUAUGAAUCUUCUCAUAGCAUCAAGUCGAAAACCACUUGUGACGAAGACUCUGCUUGUCACGGGGGUGGCUCGCAGGAAAACAAGGAGGAAGAGCAUCAAACAAAAGGGUACAACUCAUCAAGACGCAGCCGAGCAGCAGCUGUUCAUAACCAAUCAGAGCGGAGACGCCGAGACAGAAUCAACCAAAAGAUGAAAGCUCUGCAGCGGCUGGUACCAAAUGCAAGUAAGACAGAUAAAGCAUCAAUGCUAGAUGAAGUGAUAAACUACUUAAAACAGCUACAAGCACAAGUUCAGUUGAUGAGCAGUACAAGAAACAUGGCGCCACAUAUGAUGAUGCCUAGUCUUGGAAUGCAUCAACAUAUUCAGAUGUCACUACUAGCAAGAAUGGGCAUGGGCCUUGGUCUUGGCAUGGGCAUGGGAAUGUUUGACAUGACUGCUUUAGCUCGAGCUGCCGCUGCUGCUGCAACAACCCCUCAUCAGUCCCAUACAAGUCAUCCGCUCAUUCAUCCAAAUCCAAUCGCCGGUCCCACUAAUCCAUUCAUCCCACCAGCAGCCUUCGCCAUGCCUGCAGGGCAAGCUAAUAUUCCUUCCACAUCACAAGCUAAUAUUGUUGCCAGGGCGACAACUGUCACCCCAGCGGCCACCAGUACUAGCACCAAUGCCGCACCUUUUACUGACCCCUAUAGCGCUUUUCUAUCCCAAUCAAUGGACAUGGAGUUCUUCAACAACAUGGCAGCUUUGUACCGGCAGCAAGCUAAUCAAUCUACGCAGACAACAGGCAGCAAGUUGAACCAGGGAAACCAAGUCCACGGCCAAAGAGAAUAGAAACUGAAUGUUUUUGUAUAUUACUACUUUGUAAUUUGUACUUACUCGAAUAUGUUUCCAGCGUAGUUACAUGAAAUCUACGGUUGUAUAAACUUUGGAAAAGUAUAAUUGGUGCAAUACAAAACCGUAGCUUAAAUGCUUAAUGCAUGUAUGUGGAA